AUGUCCGUCAGAACAGUUGGCAAUCUAAAGAAGCUCGCAGAGACAGCCAGCUUUAGCCGUGAGUUUUGGCAGGCCGUUAUAUUCAUUUUGAUCCUGUCCUAUAUAUCAUACACUAUUAUUUACAGUCUCUAUUUUUCUCCCCUGGCACCAUUUCCUGGUCCCAAGCUAUGGGCUGUGUCGAGCAUUCCCUAUCAAAUUAGCAUUCUACGAGGCCGCAGUCAUCGGAAGGUACUGGCUCUUCAUGAUUAUUAUGGGUCUGUUGUACGGGUCGGCCCGGACGAAUUAUCCUUCAACAACGCCCAGGCAUUCCGUGAUAUUUAUGGAUUCCGGCCUGGGCGGCCACAGUUACCUAAAGACCCCAAGUUGUAUGCCUCAAAAAUGAACGGCGUCCGUGACAGCAUUGGGGGAUAUCUCGAUAACGAAGCGCAUACCAGACAGAGACGAUUGCUCUCCCAUGCCUUUUCUGAGCGAUGUCUCCGGGAACAGGAAGAGGCGAUUGUGCAAUACGUUGAUCUCCUCAUUCGCCGACUACGAGACAGGACAAAGCUGGAUCCCAAGCAUGAAGCCACGGAGGAUCUGAAAAAUUGGUUUACCUUUGUCACGUUCGAUAUCACCGGGGAUCUGAUGUUCGCCGAAACAUUUGACUGUCUUCGAGAUGGUAAACUGCAUCCGUGGAUUGCCCUCAUCUUUGCUACCAUGAAGGGGAUCACAUUUCUUUCCGUCAUUAACCAUUUCUCGCUGAUCCGGGUACUACAGAAGUGGGCACUGCCGGAAUCCCUGAGGGAGAAAAUGAUGCAGCAUUUCAAUGAUACUACUCAAAAGGCCGAUCGUCGACUACAGAAAGGAGCGACACGACCGGACUUAAUGUCUGCGAUUUUGAAAAAUGGACUGGGUGACUCCCAAGGGAAAUUUGUUGAAAAUCAACCGAUCAUGAGCAGACGAGAAAUCCAUGCAAAUUCUGUCUUCAUUACCGUGGCAGGAAGCGAAACCUCCGCUUCGAUACUGUCUGGAUGCGUGUACUAUCUCUGCAAAUAUCCCGAUGCCAUGGAGAGAAUAUGCAAGGAAGUCCGCGCCGCAUUUUCGAGAGACGACGAGAUCACAUCGGCGAAAUGUGGUCGUCUUCCGUAUCUCAAUGCUGUCAUUGAAGAGUCACUUCGACUGUACCCGCCGCUGGUCACGAGUCUGCCACGACUGAUUCCCAAGGGCGGAGAUAUUGUGGAUGGCUACUUGCUUCCCGAAGAUACAACCGUGUCCACGCACCACUAUGCUUCCUACCAUGCUGCUGCAAACUUUGUGUUUCCGGAGCAGUUUGCCCCAGAGAGAUGGCUCAAUGACUCUCGAUUCAGCUCAGACAAGCUCGAAGUGCUGCACCCCUUCAGCUUAGGUCCAAGAAACUGCUUGGGCAAAAACCUGGCAUAUUUAGAAAUACGCUUGAUUUUGUCGAAGAUGUUGUAUAACUUUGACAUGGAGCUUAGUCCGGACUGUGAGAACUGGAUUGACCAACAUGUUUACACAAUUUGGGACAAGCCGGCACUGAUGGUUCGGCUGAGAGACAGGCUACAUGAUCUGAAUUUAGCCUGA